AUGACAACUCCGAAAUAUCAUCGUGAAAGGGCUGAUCACGUAGAGGCAACGUGGGCACCGCAUUGUGAUAAACAUUUAUUUAUGAGUACUAAAAAUGACAGUAAAUUACCUAUUGUGAAUUUAUCUGUGCCUGAAGGGAGAGAAUUUCUUUGGUCAAAAUUCGAAUGGUUCUUAAAGGCUGAUGAUGACACAUUUGUUAUUGUGGAAAAUUUAAGAAAAUUAUUAGAAAAAUAUUCGGCAGAUUCUCUCGUUUAUUUUGGUGCUAUUUUUCAUUUUAUGGAUGCCUCUCUUGGCCAAACAUAUCCAAGUGGAGGUGCUGGCUACGUUUUAAGUAGAGGGGCUCUUCGUAAAUUUGUUGAAAUAGGUUUACGUGGAGAGAAAUUGUGUGACUCAAAAGAGAUUUAUGAAGAUUUAGAAAUUGGUAGUUGUAUGAGAAAAUUAAAUAUUUCUUUAAUAGAUUCUAGAGAUUCUAAAGGAAGACAUAGAUUCAUUCCAGUCUCGCCAGAUAAUUCACUUAUUAAAUUGCCAGAUGAUGAUUAUUAUAAUUGGGUACAGAGCUAUAGUAAAUUUCCUUAUAAAUCGGUAUAUGUUUAAAAUACAUAAAUGUUUUUCUUCCAGAUAACUAAAUGAUUCUCCCUUUUCUUUCAGGGUCCUAAUUGUUGC